UCAAAAAUAAUCCAUUUCUUCACUAAUUUUCACAUGCAUCUAUUGCAGUUUUUAAAUUUAUUACUAAUUAUACUAUUAUGUGCACUAAUUAAAAAGCACGCAACCAAACGAAUUAGGCCUCUUUAUAUAUAGAUGUAUUUUUAUGCUCUCUGUCUUGUCUUCAGAGGAACUAAAGUGAAUUGAGUCAGAAAAAAGAAAGAGGGUAACAUGGAUGCUUGUUUUCUUACCUCAAGAUCAAUCUCUGGUGUUAAAGAUAUUGUCCCGUUCACCAAAGCCAGAAUCUAUUCUUUCCCCAAGAGAAGCUCCGGCAAGUUCCUCACCAGGAAGGUUGCUGCUCCCAUCUCUGUAAAAUGUUCUCUUUCGGAUUCAUGGAAGCCAUUGGAGAGUGAUACUGAUCUCAUCAAGGAUUGUGUCAACAAAUCUAAAGCAGAUGCUGACUGGAAAGAGUUCAGGGCAAGGCUCGUAGCUGGGGAGCAAGCUGCAACCUCCGACAUGGUGGUGGACUAUCCAUCAUCAACGUCCUCACGGAUCACACUUGGAGACAAAUGGGCACACAAGAUCAGCGAGCCAGAGCCAGGAUGUCUCCUAGUUGCAACUGAGAAGCUAGACGGAGACCACAUCUAUGAAAAGACUGUGGUCCUUAUCCUCUCUGUUGGACCCUCAGAUACUAUAGGAGUCAUCCUCAACCGUCCAUCGCUGAUGUCAAUCAAAGGGACAAAGUCAACUGUCUUAGACAAGGCGGGAACGUUUUCAGACAAGAGACUCUUCUUUGGUGGACCUUUGGAAGAAAGGUUGUUCUUGGUGAGUCCAAGAAACGGCGAAGACAACGAGGUUGAGAAGAGUGGAGUGUUCAGACAAGUCAUGAAAGGAUUGUACUACGGGACGAAAGCGAGUGUAGGAUUGACUGCAGAGAUGGCGAAGAGGAAGUUGGUGGGAAGAAGUGAGGUAAGGAUCUUUAAUGGGUACUGUAGUUGGGAAAAAGAGCAGUUGAAAGCAGAUGUGUUGAGAGGAUAUUGGACAGUGGCUGCAUGUAGCUCAAGUGUUGUUGAGCUUGGUUCAGCUGUUCAAAGUCAUGGCCUUUGGGAUGAGGUUGUUGGGCUUAUUGGUCCUCAAACUGGCUCUGUUAUCUAAACUGUGUUUAGUGUAAUGAGUUUCUAACUAGGUAGUUUAUGUCAGUGAGUCAUGACUAUAUUGUGUAUGUUUUAUUAGGGUAUGAAUUGAGGAUUCAUCACUAGGUGUUUUUGUAACAUACUUCUGAACAACUUAAUAAAAAAUGAAUUUACA